UCCCUCCCUCCGCGCUCUCUCGCUUUCGCUCGACCGCCCGCCCGUUCGCCGCCAAACCCUCCCCCCCCCACUUCUCCCUCCACACAUACACACACACAUACAGAGAGAGAGGCAGACGCUAGCGGGGGGUUUGAGGAGCGCCACCGCCGCAAAAAGCAGACGAAUUAUGCAGAAUGAAGUGAUCGCGGAGAGCCGAGCGCUGGCAGCAGCAGCGGACACCAUGACAGACGCCUUCGAGGACGAGAUCGACUCGGUGACCGCCGCCGUCAGCACCAAAGUUCGCAUCUUGGAGCCCACCCCAGGCGACCGCCUGGAUUUCCAACUGGCCGUGCUCUCGGGGAGCGAAGAGGACGAGGUUUCUGAGGUUGAAUCGUUUAUCUUGGACCAGGAAGAUCCUAUGAUCAAAACAGCUUCUGAGUUACUGUUAUCAAGUGCCGCAGAUGGAACAGAUCUACGAACUGUAGACCCAGAAACGCAAGCAAGACUGGAAGCCUUACUUGAAGCAGCAGGAAUUGGUAAAUUGUCCACUGCUGAUGGUAAAGCCUUCGCAGAUCCUGAGGUACUCCGAAGACUGACUUCUUCUGUUAGCUGUGCGUUGGAUGAAGCUGCUGCAGCCUUGACCCGAAUGAGAGCAGAGAAUACUCUAAAUGCAGGACAAGCAGACAACCGAAGCUUAGCAGAAGCGUGCUCGGAUGGAGAUGUGAAUGCUGUCCGCAAACUGCUAGAUGAAGGGCGGAGUGUAAAUGAGCAUACGGAAGAGGGUGAAAGCCUCCUUUGCCUGGCUUGUUCAGCUGGCUAUUAUGAACUCGCACAAGUCUUGUUAGCUGUGCAUGCCAAUGUUGAAGAUCGUGGGAUCAAGGGAGACAUAACUCCAUUGAUGGCAGCUGCCAGUGGAGGCUACGUCGACAUAGUAAAACUACUAUUGGCCCAUGAUGCGGAUGUGAAUGCUCAGUCUUCAACAGGAAACACAGCACUCACUUACGCUUGUGCUGGAGGUUUUGUUGAUGUUGUCAAAGAGCUUCUGAAAGCUGGAGCCAAUAUUGAGGAUCACAAUGAAAAUGGUCAUACACCUCUAAUGGAGGCAGCAAGUGCUGGCCAUGUUGAAGUUGCUCGGGUGCUUUUAGAAUAUGGAGCUGGAAUCAAUACUCAUUCCAAUGAGUUCAAGGAAAGUGCGCUUACACUGGCGUGUUAUAAAGGACAUUUGGAAAUGGUGCGAUUUCUUCUCGAAGCUGGUGCUGAUCAGGAGCACAAGACAGAUGAGAUGCACACAGCGUUAAUGGAAGCAUGUAUGGAUGGCCAUGUUGAAGUUGCUCGGCUGCUUUUGGAUAGCGGUGCUCAAGUGAACAUGCCAGCCGAUUCCUUUGAAUCUCCACUGACUCUGGCUGCUUGUGGUGGACAUGUGGAGCUUGCAGCUCUGCUCAUAGAGAGAGGAGCAAAUCUAGAAGAAGUGAACGACGAAGGAUACACACCAUUAAUGGAGGCUUCACGGGAAGGCCAUGAGGAAAUGGUAGCAUUGCUGCUUGCUCAGGGAGCCAACAUAAAUGCACAGACAGAGGAGACUCAAGAGACUGCGCUGACUCUGGCUUGCUGUGGAGGUUUCUUGGAAGUUGCGGACUUUCUAAUAAAAGCAGGAGCUGAUAUUGAAUUAGGCUGUUCUACACCGUUGAUGGAAGCAGCCCAAGAAGGUCACCUGGAAUUGGUCAAGUAUUUGCUUGCAGCAGGAGCAAAUGUGCAUGCCACCACAGCAACUGGAGAUACAGCCUUAACGUAUGCCUGUGAGAACGGGCAUACCGAUGUUGCAGAUGUCCUCUUGCAAGCAGGGGCUGAUUUGGAGCAUGAAUCCGAAGGAGGGCGGACACCUUUGAUGAAAGCUGCACGGGCUGGCCAUUUAUGCACAGUCCAGUUCCUCAUUAGCAAAGGGGCAAACGUGAACAGGGCUACAGCUAACAAUGACCACACAGUAGUGUCUUUGGCAUGUGCUGGAGGCCACCUCGCUGUCGUGGAACUCCUUUUGGCACAUGGGGCCGAUCCUACACACCGGUUAAAGGAUGGGUCUACAAUGCUUAUAGAAGCUGCCAAAGGUGGACACACAAACGUGGUUUCAUACUUGUUAGACUACCCAAACAACAUCCUGCCUGUACCAGGACCAGAUGUAGCACAGCUCACACCACCAUCACACGACCAGUCUCAGGUUCCCAGGGUCCCAGUACAGGCACUCGCUAUGGUUGUCCCACCCCAGGAACCCGACCAGUCUCCCGUAAAUGUUGGAACCACGCUUUCUGUCAUUAAUAAAGGUACAUCCAAGCAGAAGUCCAGUCCCCUGCAGGUAGCGGAACAGGAUGUCCAACCCUUCCACCAGUACCAGCCUUUAGAAUGCAUUGUGGAAGAGACGGAAGGCAAGCUGACAGAACUGGGACAAAGAAUUAACGCUAUUGAGAAGGCACAGUUGAAGUCACUAGAGUUGAUUCAGGGAGACACUUUAACCAAAGACAAGAUAGAAGAACUAAAAAAGAGCAGAGAAGAGCAAGUCCAGAAGAAGAAAAAGAUUCUGAAAGAGCUGCAGAAAGUUGAAAGGGAAUUGCAGCUGAAAACUCAGCAGCAGUUUACCAAAGAAUACUUGGAGGCCAAGGGCCAACAGCAGACACUUCAGCUCCAACAGCAACAGCAAUGCCCACACAGAGGACUAUUCUCUCAGGUGGGGACUGGUGAAUGUCUACCAGAGGAAGACUUUUCGAAGUUGCCUCAGGUGGACACCAUCUUACAUAGAGAUGGCCAGCAGCAGCCACCAGCAGCCCAAACAGGGUUUGUUCCUAUCCAGCCUUUAGCAACACAAGUGGCGCCAAACUUUACUAGUUCCGUUUAUCCCAUCACUAAUGUACCCGAUCUACAGCGAGUAAUUGUGAACCAGCCUUUGUUAGGACAGGCACAACUUGCUGGACUUGGACAGGGGCUCUUAGCUCAAGCACCUGAUGGAUUAAUGGUUGCCACUCCAGCACAGACGCUAACUGACACUCUUGAUGACAUCAUGGCAGCAGUGAGUAGUAGAAUGCCCGCAGGACCGAACGCUUCCUCCCACACUACAACUCCCCCUACACCUCAGACUCGUACCCAAACUCCAAGUCCAGUUGUUUCUCCCUCGUCAAUGCUGCCUCUCUAUCCUUCAGUCGAAAUUGACGCGCAGGUGGGUCACUUUACUGAGAGUAAUCACGACACUGCGCUAACGUUGGCUUGUGCUGGAGGGCAUGAAGAACUUGUAUCGGUGUUAAUAGCACGUGGCGCUAACAUUGAACACCGGGAUAAAAAAGGUUUCACUCCGCUUAUUUUGGCUGCCACUGCUGGUCACGUUGGGGUAGUGGAAAUCCUGCUGGACAAAGGUGCAGACAUUGAAGCGCAAUCAGAACGUACCAAGGAUACGCCCUUAUCAUUAGCUUGCUCUGGCGGAAGGCAAGAGGUUGUGGAGUUGCUGCUGGCUCGUGGGGCAAACAAAGAGCAUCGCAACGUUUCUGACUACACGCCUCUCAGCCUCGCUGCCUCUGGUGGCUAUGUUAACAUCAUCAAGAUUCUUUUGAAUGCUGGAGCAGAAAUUAAUUCCAGGACUGGCAGCAAACUGGGGAUUUCUCCUCUGAUGUUGGCUGCAAUGAAUGGCCAUGUGGCAUCAGUCAAACUGCUCCUUGAUAUGGGCUCUGACAUCAAUGCCCAGAUUGAGACCAAUCGAAACACCGCCCUUACUCUGGCCUGUUUCCAAGGUCGUGCGGAAGUUGUCAGCCUACUGUUGGAUAGGAAGGCAAAUGUUGAGCACAGAGCAAAGACUGGUCUGACACCCCUAAUGGAAGCUGCCUCUGGAGGUUAUGCAGAGGUAGGGAGGGUGCUGCUUGACAAAGGUGCUGAUGUCAAUGCACCACCAGUGCCUUCAUCAAGGGAUACAGCUUUAACCAUAGCAGCAGACAAGGGUCACUACAAAUUUUGUGAACUGCUGAUAAACAGAGGGGCUCACAUUGAUGUUCGCAACAAGAAAGGGAACACACCCUUGUGGCUGGCAGCAAACGGUGGGCAUUUUGAUGUGGUCCAGCUGUUAGUUCAGGCUGGGGCUGAUGUGGACGCAGCAGAUAACAGGAAAAUCACACCCCUGAUGGCAGCUUUCCGUAAGGGACAUGUGAAAGUGGUGCAGUACUUGGUGAAAGAGGUUAACCAAUUUCCAUCUGACAUUGAAUGUAUGAGAUACAUAGCGACCAUUACUGAUAAGGAACUGCUCAAGAAAUGUCAUCAGUGCAUGGAAACCAUAGUCAAAGCAAAAGACCAGCAGGCUGCUGAAGCAAAUAAGAACGCAAGCAUCCUGCUCAAAGAGCUGGACUUAGAGAAGUCAAGAGAAGAAAGCAGAAAGCUUGCCCUUGCAGCAAAGAGAGAAAAGAGAAAGGAAAAGAGAAAGAAGAAGAAAGAGGAACAGAAACGGAAACAAGAGGAGGAAGAAGCCAGAGUGAAGGAGAGUUCAGAGAAACAACAAACUCCAGAAAAAGACAGAUACGAAGUUGAGGAAGUUGUGCCUAUAGAACCUCCCAGUGCAACUACAACGACCACAAUUGGCAUCUCAGCAACUUCCGCCACCUUCACCAGUGCUUAUGGGAAAAAGAGAGCCAAUGUGGUGACAACCCCAAGUACUAACAGGAAAAACAAGAAAAACAAAACAAAAGAUUGUUCCCAGGGUGUGCAAAUCAUAUUGGAGGAUCAACACAUGUCUAUAGCACAACAGAAGGCUGAUAAAAAUAAAAUUAAUGGAGAGCCUCGGGGUGGUGGAGUUGGAGGGAACAGUGAUUCGGAUAACGUUGACAGUACAGACUGCAACAGUGAGUGCAGCAGUGGUGGUAAAAGCCAAGAGCUCAACCUAAUCGCUGACUUCCACAACUACAAUGACCAGAAAUUGUACUCUUCACGAAAUGACAAGUCUAAUACCUCCACAUCAGAGAAUCUGAAUCAUACAAGGCUGCAUGAUAACACCAGUGAAACGAGCUCCACUUCGCUGUCUGCAAGUCACAAAUCCACUUCACUGCCGUUGUCCUCCCCAACUGGAAAGAUGAAUUUAACCAGCCCAAAGCGAGGUCAAAAGAGAGAAGACGGCUGGAAAGAAGUUGUAAGAAGGUGUAGAAUUGCUUUGACCAGAUCAAAGAAACUUUCGGUACCAGCGUCUGUGGUUUCAAGGAUAAUGGGAAGAGGGGGAUGCAAUAUAAGUGCGAUCCAAGAUGUCACUGGUGCUCACAUUGAUGUUGACAAACAGAAAGACAAGAAUGGAGAAAGAAUGAUAACAAUCAGGGGAGGUACAGAAUCCACAAGACACGCAGUGCAGCUGAUCAACGCACUCAUUCAAGAUCCUACCAAGGAACUUGAGGAUUUGAUUCCCAGGAAUCAUAUCAAAAGUGUCACAGCCAACACCAGAAUGGGAUCCACAACUGCCACAACUACAGCCAGUACAACAACCGCUGGGAACAGGAUAACUGUCUCAAUGAUCUCCUCAUCGAUAACCGCCUCGCAGUCCACAGCCUCGUCCGCAUCAUUACAAUCCAUCAACAAACCUACUAAAAACAUUGUAGCAAACAACAUGCGUCCUACAUUUUCAGUCUCGCUUCCUUUGGCUUAUUCACAUCCUCAGUUGGCACACGCUUUGCUGGCGGCUCAAACCAUCCAGCAGAUCCGGCACCCGCGGUUACCUAUGGCGCACUUCGGCGGGACCUUUACCCCAUCAGCGAACACAUGGGGUCCUUUCCCAGUCAGACCGGUCAGUCCUGGGAGCACCAACAGUUCACCGAAACACAGCGCAGCUCGUCUCAACAACCAGACCAGCAGCAGCAUUCACCCCGAGAGUGUGAGUUCAGCUACUCUAAGUUCACCUUCUGUGGCUGUGAGCCCUUCCACCUUCACCACACAGUCCAUUUGUGUCACGAGCAACCCAACUCCUUCGUCCGUUCGAAAACAGCUCUUCACCUCGGUCAACAAAACAAAUCCUAUGAUCUCCGUGACGUCAUCUGUGACCAGCAGCUGCAGCUCAUUAACCACAAGCUCAACUUUACCAGUGAGCAACGAACAGCCUUCCACCCCACCACCCCCUCCGCCACCAUCUGCACAACCCUCUCAGCAGCCCAUGCCGUUGGCCAAGAGUGAAGCGUUCACCACACCCGCAGGCAAGGAAGAGAUGGCAGCAGCCACGGAACAGCUCACAGGAAGCCAGUGCGCCCACGUCUGCCCGAGCUCUUCGGCUAAUAGCAAUCCCGGAGCAAUGGGAAUACUGCCCACUAUUCUGCCACAGAUUCCAGGUCGCAGUUGCUCUGAUAUUCGUCCUCCUUUGCCGAAGCCUUAUAUUUCAAAUCCGGAUCACGGAUUAGUGGCCCCAAGUAGCUUAGCAUCAACUCGUCCUGUUACCAUGUCAGCUGCCCCCAACAUUCAGACCAACAACACGUUACCUCAGUUAGCUGCGGCCUCUCCGGUAUCUCACAGAAUACAACCUGGUGCUCCUUUCUAUCCCUUGGUUCAGCAAGAGCCACAGUCUGUAUUUGUCCCAAACCCAGUUCCCAUGGCGUCUGCCCAAGAUCCUAUGAAGCAACACGGCAUACCAUCUCCUAUGCAGUUGUCGUCUGCACUUGGCAUGCUGAAUGUUUCUCAGAUGCACGCCAAUCCAGGAAGCAAAUCCUUGCCUCCAAAUUUCGGAUCCACAGCUCUCUUUAGCCCUUUCAACAGUUUCUUCGACAACACCCAGGUCUCAGCAAACCACGUUUGGGGAAGUUGCCCUCUACCAUCGCGGCCACCACAAGAUCCAACGUACACCGGUCACUCUAACUACAUUGGCAAUUCUGUACUUGGACAAUUAGAUGGUGUACUUCCUCAUGAUAAUUCCAAGGCUCCUGGCUUCAGGCCACCUUCCCAGAGGGUGACUUCGAGCCCCACAGGAAUGUCUGCUAUGGACCCAUCAGCCAAUGCCAUUUCCUCUGCCACCCCAAUGACGAGUUAUGCUCCAGGCAUGGCUGGAUGUCAGGCGUAUCUACAAGGACCCGCUCCUGUAGGAAUGCCUGCUCCUAGCUUCAGCAGACAACAUUUUUCCCCACACCCUUGGAGUUCCACAACUGCUCCAGCUACAUGCGAGUCCCCCGUUCCUUCAGUUUCUUCUGGAGCUUCUUCGCCCUUGUCCGCCUCUUCCGCACCUUCUUCUUUGGGCCAAUCAAAAGCCAACAGCGCAAACCAGGAUCGGAAGGUACCACCACCUAUUGGAACCGAGCGGUCAGCCCGUAUCCGACAGACUGGCUCCAUGGCUCCACUCUCCACCAUGAUGGGCAGUAACCUGACAACUCCUGUGGGACAAGGAGGCAUAUGGUCUUUUGGAGUGAGCAAUAAUUCAGAUGGUAUAUCCGGCUGGUCCCAAGGUGUGAUGGGAAGUCAUUUGAUGCAUCAAUCUAUGUCGGAUCCAGCUUCCUAUUCACAGCAUCAACCGAUGGAAAGAGAUGAUACUGGAAUAGUGGCUCCAUCAAACACAUUCCAUCAACCUGUGCCAAGCAACUUCAUGGAUUAUAACAAGCAGGGUUUGCCGCUUUCCAUGUAUGGAAACGCCAUGAUUCCUCCUCACCCCCAGUUGGCUGAUGGCCCGGGAGCCCCUCUUUUUAACGGACUUCAUGCGGCAGACCCUGCAUGGAACCCGAUGAUCAAGGUCGUCACAAACUCCGAGAACACUGACUCUCAGCAGGUGUGGCCGGGAACUUGGGCACCGCAUAUUGGCAACGUACAUCUGAACCAUGUCAACUAGAGGAAGACACAGGCAUGCCCACCGAUUCCUGACCUGGAUCUUUCUGAGAUUGAAACUAGAUUGAUCCAAAAAGAAGUGGACAGGACAAAACUUUUCUGAUGUGCCUAACUGAAAUUCUGUGUGGGCUGUUACGCAUGAACUUAAUUGAUUUACCACUGUCUAUGAACAAAGUGAUCGCCUGCAUAGCAGGUUCAGUUCUCUGGUUAGUUUAGCCAUUUUGACUUAAGACUUGGGACAAACUAUUCUUGUGCUGCUGGCUAAACAGUACUGUAAACUGCUUGUAUGCAGCCGAGGACUAGAUAAUUAUGUGAAUUAAUCCAGAUGUUUUAGAGUGGUAAAUACAUGUAUAAUUGUUUACAUACUAAAAAGGGUUAAAACGAGAGUAAAUUUCAUGUCGUAUAGUGGCUCUACUUUACGUAGCCUGUAUUAAUGUGAAAUAUUUACCUUAAUAUUCAAUAAAAAUGAACAGUACCUCA